AUGAUAGUCGAUGACGAGUAUGUGCUACUAGGCUCGGCAAAUAUCAACCAAAGAUCAAUGGCAGGAUCACGAGACACAGAGAUAGCAAUGGGAGCAUACCAAAAGCAACAAACGUGGAACCACAGGAAUAAACAUCCUCGUGGCCAGGUUUAUGGAUACAGAAUGUCCUUGUGGGCAGAGCACAUGGGUAAAGUAGAUGAGACAUUCAAAGAGCCAGAGAGUCUAGAAUGUGUGAAAAAGGUUAACAUGAUAAGUGAAGAUAAUUGGAAAAAAUACACGGCACAUAAUUUCAGCCCUUUACAAGGUCAUAUUUUGAAGUAUCCACUCGUUGUUGAUAACACUGGGAAAGUAAUCCCUUUACCUGGAUUCGAUACUUUUCCUGAUGUUGGAGGUAAGAUUCUUGGUACUCGAACAAAUCUUCCAGAUGUUCUCACCACAUAA